UUUAUACUAAGUAUUUUUAUCAACAAAGAUGAAGAGGUGGGAAGAAGCUCAAGACAAAAAGUCCAAACCCUUUGAUGAAGAGGCGCUAACAGAACAUUAUAAAAUCCUAACAACUCUUGGCCAAGGAGGAUUUGGGGAAGUAAAAUUGGCUAGCCAUCUACUCACGCAGACAAGAGUAGCAGUAAAAAUUCUUCCAAAAGGCAAAAAGAACACCUUCAUCAAAUCAGAAAUUGAAAUAAUGAAAGCUCUAGAUCACCCUAAUAUUAUUAAACUUCUGCAUAUAAUCGACACAACGAAUAAUACUUACAUGGUCAUGGAACAUGCCACAGGGGGAGAGCUAAUGGGUAGGAUUAUGGAGUUUGGCUGUCUACCGGAGGAGGAGUCCCGUAGGCUGUUUAAACAGAUGGUAUGUGCCAUCCAGUAUUGUCACAGGAAAGGGAUUGCCCACAGGGAUCUGAAGCCUGAAAAUAUUUUAGUAGAUGACAAAGGAAAUAUAAAGCUUAGUGACUUCGGGCUGGGUGCCAAGCUUAUUAUGGGACAGAAGCUAGCAGCUUUCUGCGGGACCCUUCCUUAUUGUGCCCCGGAACUCUUUGAAGGUAAAGGCUACGAUGGCCUUGCAAUUGACAUCUGGAGCUUGGGAGUUGUACUUUACUUCAUGUCGACAGGGUGCCUCCCUUUCCAGGGACAUAGCUAUGAAGGACUAAAGCAGAAGAUCUUGGCAGGAAAGUACUCGGUUAAAUUCAGUCUGUCUCCAGAGCUUUGGGACAUGAUUGCUAAAUUGUUGACUAUAAACCCUGGACAAAGACCAAGAAUAGGUGACAUUUUGAGCUUUCAAUGGCUGAAGCAUGGCAAUGAAGGUUCUCUCCGUUCCUUUAGAGAGAAGGCCAACAGCCACCCAGACCCCACGGUGAUGGUCAUCAUGGGUGUGAUGGGAUACAAGCAACGAGAGGUAAAGGAAGCUUUACGGGAGAAAAAGUUUGAUCAGGUGAUGGCUACCUAUUUGAUUCUGAGAGGACAGUCACCCUGGGGGGACAACUUUAUAAAAAAACUGAAGCCCAGGCAGUCAGGUCGAACCCUGAACUCUACAGGGCCUCCCACAAUGCCAAAAGUUACUACUAUAAAGAGGGGAUCUAGUGUCCCUACCCUUCCUACCUUCAUUUUGCCCACUCUACCUGAGAGCCCUGAGAAUGAUGACAAGUGUGGAAUGAGAUACAGCAUGCCUACCACCGUGAACUACCCGAACAAGAAGACAGGCCCUGUUCACAUAAUCUGUCCCCAGCAGCUCCAGGAGGCUCACUUCAUGAGCAGCACAUGGGGGGACACAGAGAGCAAUUACACCUCAGAUGAAAUAUUGCCUUCAGAGUAUAUGCCACUGGAAUCUUAUUCAUCCCUGGACUUAUCCAAAGCUGGCUCUAACAAUCCAAAGUACAAGGCGUCCUCGCUGGAUAUUUUAUCUCAUCACGCCUCUGUGGCGGAAGCCCAGUGUAAGGGCACCAACAUACCAAGUGAAAAUAUCAGCUCAUCUCUCCCACAAAGCCCACCUCAGGAGGCCCUCAGGGGACGGUCCCACAAUGUGACUACAGCUGGUUCAAAGAACAACAUGACCUCACAGGAUGGUUUAGCUCCAGUUCCCAGCAAGGAAGCCCAGGAUUAUGGUCCCUCUGUACAAGAAAAAGACCUCAGUCCAUCCUCCCCAGAAACACCCCAGGGACACCUCAGUGGCCAGUGCAAGAUUGCACCUAGAGCCCCCUUUAAAAAGCGAGUUUGGAAGAGCCUACAGAACAGGAGUAUAAAAAGCCUGCGAAGUUUAUGUUGCUGCCUGUCAACCGAAAAUAGGGAGCGCCUAGCCAACAAUAAAAUCCUGGCUGUGAGCUAAAAGGGCCAUGGAGGCAGCCUUGGUAACAGUGCUGUUGGAGGCACUGUGUUCCCUGGAGGCUGACACCAGAGAGUGGGGAGCAGUGUGCUGAGGAUGCAGGGGGGUGCAGGAGAGAGCCAGGUAUGCCUGUGAGCCAUUGGAAGAGACAGCAGCACUAGGAGCAGAGGAGGACCCCAGAGAGCCUGACCAGUAUGAAUGGGUUCAAGAUGAGUAUUGCUGACCAGGCGGGAGCCAGAAACAGAGGAAUGAGAUUGCAGGGAGUGUCCAUCUUGUGAUCAUUUGGGAAGGUAGCGUGUAUGGAAACAGGGACAUUGCUGUUGCUGAAGCUUUGUGUCUCCAGGCAGCAGUCUAGGAAAGACUGGUGCCUUUGCUGGAUGACCCUGGAUGACCCUAUGCUGGGGCUACUAAAGAGACUCCUGGGACUGCACUCAUCAAGGGACAAAGCCUGAGUCCAGCUUUACCUGUGUGGUGCUUAGGGCAGGAGAUGCCACUCAAGACCUAACACACUGAACAGAGAGGGACACAAAGAUUGAAGAGGCUCCUUUUGAUUGACAGAGAAGUUGGACCAGAGCCAGAGACUUACAAACAGAUGGACUUAGAGGAAGAAGAGAAAAUGUCUGCUGAUCCAGGUGAAGAACAGUCACCAAGGAUGUGCUCUAGAGAGCUGGGCAUAGAUUGCUGCAGAAGUGUUACCAAGAAUGACAUAGGGACCUGGGAAAAUAUAUUUGGCACAAAUAAAUCUGAAU